AUGCCAAACCCCACUCCGGCCAAGGUUCUGCUGCACCGAACUUGUCAAGGCCUAGCUAUAGACAGAUUUCGGGAGAAAAAGCAGGAUCAACUGGGAUUCGACGCGACACGCAGAGAUUUGGAGCCACUAUCGCUAGCUGCAGAUGGUGCCCCAAAGAUUAUGUGCCAGCGUUGUGGAACUAUUUUGAAGCACCCUCACACUGUCAAUCCACAGGCAAAGGGCAAGGUACAAUAUCCUGGCAUAUCAACAAUGCAGAAGCACCUUAUGAGCGAGGGAAGAGAGUAG